AUGGACGAAGACGACGCCGGCAUCCUCAACAUGCAGCUAUCCGACGACGACGUGGACGUCGCCAAGAAGAAAGCCGACAGAACUGGCCAGGCCGAAGACGACUUUCAGGCCACCAGACGGCGCUACCGCGUAAAAGUCGAGAAUGGAGACAUGCACAAGCAUGUACGGCUGCCUCUGGAGCCCGGCGCCAGCAAGAUGCGCACCCAACAAGUCAUACAUGCCGUCGAGGAGCUUUACUUUUACCGCCAGUACCACAAGGCCGCUGAUCUGGUCGCCAGAGCUUUCGCAAACGGCGGGCGCGAAGCUAUUGACGAUGAUUCGAGACGUUUACUCGACACCUACAGGUCAAUGUGCCUGAACAAGUCAACUCUCUCUUCGUCGCCAUAA